ACAUUUUCAAUUCACAGAUCACAGAGUAACGUCUGUGAUCUGUGAUCUGUGUUUAAUUGUUUACUGACAUUGUGAAAUACAAGUGUUACGUGAGUGAAAAUGCCCCAAGGAGUCCCUCCUGGGGGACCCAAGAAAAAGCCAUGGAGGAAAAUCUUGUAUGAAAAGCAGGCCUACCCAGACAAUUACACUGACCACAACAUUUUCCUCAAAGACCUCAAAAAGAACAUCGAUUUCCAUGAAGUGAGUUUCCUUGAGGCCUGUUUGGGCGCCAAUUUGGUGCUGCAGGAAUUUUGCACGGUUGUCUUCUUCGCUGUGGUUUACAUGUACAUGGUAAGCCGAUGGAUAGAGUCCUGGGUGUUGCUCUAUGGUAUGACUUUCACUGGGUUUGUGUGCUUCGUGUUCUACAGAUGUAUUCGCUUGGUUAAGACCCCACAAGACUUCACGAUAGAUCGCAAAAAACACAGUCUUGGGCAUGAUGUAAGAACAGUGUUGACUUUUAUCGCUUUCGGUCAGCUAUUUUCGCCAGUGCUACACACUCUAACAGACACCAUAAGCACGGACACUAUCCAUACUAUGGCCUUUCUGAUGUUUAUAGUGCAUUUAGUGUUUUUUGAUUACGGAGUACCUGCAGCCAUAGUGUCUAAGAGUGUCUCCUUGAGUGCGGCAAUAUUUGCCUCAAUUUGCCUGGCCUCAAGGCUGGCUUCAGCUUCGGAAGCCUUUGUUUUGCUGGCACUGGCCACUCAACUGUUCGCACUCUCUCCCAUUCUGCGAAACCUUUUCAACCAUCACCCCAUCAUAACUGCCAUUCUGUUUUUGAUAGAUUUGCAUUUUUUACUACUCAUAUCUAGUGUAGGUGCAGUACUUUUUCUAUCAGCGGUUUUUCUGAUAAACCUCAUCUGUCCAGUCUUGUUUGUAAAAUACCAAAAGCACAAAGACAAUAUUUAUGGGCCCUGGGAUGAGGCCGUGGUGAAAGACGUGGAUAAUAUAAGGUUCUAAAUGACAACACAGUAUAUCACAUUUAUAGUGUAUUUCUUAAAUAAAUGCAGAAUAUCGCUGUUUAUGUACAAACAUAAAAA